AUGGACACCCUCACCCUGUGCAAGAACCAACGCAGCUAUAUGGUGAACAUCGGUUCAGUGGGCAGCUUCAUCGGACAAGCCCAAACGCCGGCUUAUAUCACUUCCAAGCACGCGGUACUCGGAUUGAGCAGAUCUAUCGCACUUGACUACGCCGCCGAUGGGCUGCGUUGCAACUGUGUCUGUCCCGGAAUCACCGACACGCCGAUGUUGCGCUACCACCUGAGCACCACACCCGAUCCAGAAGCCACGCUUGCGAACCGCCUCAGCCGUGUACCCACAGGCGUCGCCAUCACACCGAUCGACAUCGCCAGAGCGGUACGCUACCUCUCCUGCGAGGACUCCGCCGGCGUCACUGGCACAUCGUUGGUGGUAGAUGGAGCCUAUAUCACACCCGCUGAGUGGGAAACUGUGGGACAAACGAAAUUUAUGGAGCAGUCAUGA